AUGAAUGUUGUUUUAUAUAUUGACUCGAUGACAACAUUAAUUAAAUUUAUUUUAAUAAAUAAAAAAUGUUUAGAGUCAUGUAAAAAUUUAUAUAGUAGUCCAUUUAAUAUAGAUUAUCAAAAAAAAGAUAUGAUUAAGUUAAUGAAAUUAUUUGAGAAAAUGAAUACAUUACAUUGUAGUGCUGGGUUAUUUGUUUAUGAAAGUAUUAAAGAAAGUAAAAAAAUAGAAUAUGUUUUAGAUAGAUUAAAACAUCUUGAUUUUGAUUGUUCUGUUUUUGAUACAUUUGAUGUUAAUGCAAUUUCAUUUAUUCAUUAUUAUUCAAAUAGAAUUCGUUAUUUAAUAUUUAAAAGGGGAAUUGGAUUAGUAGAAUAUUCACCUCUUCCAGAGUUAGAAAAAAUGGAAACAUUAAUACGAUUUGAAUGUGGAAAUGAAUUUUUAAUUAAAAUGACAGAAACUCCAAAAUUUGGGAAAUGUUUUAAGAAAUUAAUAAUAAAUCUAGAGUCAUUGAAUAAGGAAUACAUUCAAACAUUAUUAACUUAUUUCCUUGAUGUUCCAUUUAAAGUUAUUAUUAAAGUUGAAUAUUUAAAUUCAUUUGAUUUAAAAACAUGGAAAAAUGAAUUUAAUAGACAUCGUUCUCAAACUGAAUUUAUAUUACUUGCUAAUAAGACUGAAGGUAUUGAUAUUCAAGAAUUUGAUCAAUUUUUAUUUAAUAUUAAAAAGAAUAACAUUAAUAUUAGAUAUUAUAAUAUUGUAAAAAAUAAUAUGGAUAACAUAUUUAAAAUUUAUUAUCCUACUGAAGUCACUGUAUGGAACUCUGACUUAGAAGAAAAUGACUCAAUAGCUCAUUUUGAACGUUUAAAAUAUAUUGAAGCAUUAAAUCUUAUUUCACUAAAUUUUAAAUUUACUACAACAUUAUAUUUUCCAACAACAUUAACUUCUCUUAGGAUAGAUGAUUGUGGAGUUGUUACACAAUUAAAUAAUUUACAAUUUUUACCAUUAAAAAAUUUAGAUAUUAAAUAUUCAGGAGGAAUUUCAGAAUUAUUACUUCCAUCUUCUUUAAAAAAUAUUCGACUUGAAAGACUUUUCUAUUUAAAAUCAAUACAAGGAUUAAAACAAUGUGAUUUAACUCAAUUCAGUAUAUUUGGUUGUGGAGAAAUUAAAGAAUUAGAACUUCCAAAAGUAUUAUCAUGUAUUGUAUUUCAAUGUAGAGAAUUAACUAAGGUUGAUACACAACAAAAUACAACAAUGACUUAUCUUUCAUUAAAACAAUGCCCAAAAUUGAAGGGAAUUUAUUUACCAAAAUCAUUAGUAUUAAUGAAGACACAAUGGGAUAAUAAAAUUAAUGGUUGUCAAACAGUGUAA